UUUGUUUUUUUUUUUUUUUUUUUUUUUGAGACAGGGUCUUGCUCUGUUGCCAGGCUCGAGUGCAGUGGUAUGAUCUCUGCUCACUGCAACCUUCACCUCCUGGACCCAAGUGAUCCUCCCACCUCAACCUCCCAAGUAUCUGGGACUACAGGCACAUGCCACCAUGCCCGACUGAUUUUUUUGUGGAGAUGGGGUCUUGCUAUGUUGCCCAGGCUGGUCCUGAACUCCUGGGCUCAAGCGAUCCUCCUGCCUUGGCCUCCGAAAGUCCUGGAAUUACAGAUGUAAACCACCAUGACUGGCCAAGUUUUCAUUUGACUGCUCAACUUUAUUUUUAUGGAUUUUAAAAAUGUUUUCUUUAUGAAAUAUUUCCCUAAAUCAAGAUCAUAAAGUUCUUUUCCUAUUAGAAGAAAUAACUUAUUUUUUUCUCAAGGAGAUAAAGUUUGCUUUCAUAUUUUAUGUGGAGAUGAAUUUUUUGGUAAGGAUUCAAUUUCAUCUUUUCCCAGAUUGUUAUUCACUGUCCUAGCACCAAUUAUUGAAUAGCUUAAUGUUUUUCUAGUGAUCUCUAUGCUGCUUCCCUGCCAUAUUUACAUGGGCAUGUUUCUGGGCUCUGUUUUCUGUUUCAUUGGUCUAUUUUUCUUCCCCAGGGUUGUUUAACAGAAUACAGUUGAUUCUUGUUAUUUACAGUACUUCUAUGUGAAGUUGCCAUGAACAGUGAAUUAGUGAAUAUGGAAGUUGUUACUCCUAGGGGAAGUAUAGGAUUAGGUUCCUGCGAGCCUCUGAUCAUAACAUUUUUGUCAAGUGAUAAAUAGAUAAUUUUGUUUUAUAUUAGUUUCUGUUUAAAGACAUUUAAUAUGUAUCAUUGAUUCGUUAACAUUGAAUUAACUGCAAACAGCCCUAAAUUCAUACCUGAAUAAAGUGAUCUAAUUGUGCACUUUCUCCAUAAGGCAUAUUGCAGCUUCCUCGUGCUUCAUGCUUUAGAAACAAUAGAUGGCAUUUCAACACUACCCUUGGGGACCACUUAAAUAGUGAAGUCACCAACAAAAAGCACAAAAAUAUGAAAAGCAUGGCACUAGAUAGAUCAUGGAAAGGACACUUGUUUAUAUUAUGAGAGCUGAAACAAGAAGGCAUGGUGCCACCUUGUUCUACCUCAGCAGGGAACAUACCUGUUGAACAACUCAAAUUUUUUGUCACUUUGUGCUUAUCUGCAAAUGACCACGAAAAUGCUGCAAGUAUUGAUUUUGUUGUAACAAGUACCUUUUGGCAAGUAGGGAAAUUUGUAGAUAAGGAAUUUGUGAAGAAUGAGACUCAACCUAUGAAAUACUGGGAGAGAGGUAGUUUUUUAGGAAACAGCAUUAGCACUUUCCCCUCUCUGUCAUAUUUACAUAUAUCUUUAUAGCAUUUUAUUUUAAGAGAAUAAUGCUAUGAAUCUUUCUAAUACUAAGUCUUCUGAUAGAUGCCAUUAUGUCAAUAAAAAGACUUUUUUUUGGGAAUACCUUUGUUAUAUUUAUAAUCAUGUUAUUCAUAGGUAAAUUGAAGGAAAUAAUUUUAGGAAAGAAUUGCAACUCUUAAAAUGUUGAAAACAAGUCUAAACUAUUAAAACUUUUAUUAUAUGAGAAUUGUGAGGAUCAUAUUUUCUCAUAGGCAUUAUUAAUAACAAGGCAUAAGUUUUGUAAAGGCAAAUGCCCUUUGGAGGUUGAAAUUUAAAUAUUGGCUCUAUUAGUCCCUCAUUAGUGACGAUUUUCCUCAUGAACAUUGAUAAAGGAUUCCAAGAAAAAGAUAAAUGAAGAUUGUCUACAUCGUAAAUUAGAUCUCCCACUAAAUGUAUUUAUUGAGACUUGCCUGUUUUAUCCCUCAUGAUUUAAGAUCCUCAAGUGAAUUAUUUGCAUUAAUUUGAUAAGUGCUGAGAGUAGGAAUCAGAAAUGGUAGACCUCACCUAUAUUCAUCUUUUUUAUAUAGCAUACACUAUAUUCCUGUAUUUUUCAAAAAUGUUUAUUUUGUAGUAAAAUGUACAUAACAUAAAAUUUAGCGUUUUAACCGUUGUAUAGUUUAGUGGCAUUAAGUACAUUCACAUUGUUAUGCAACCAUCACCAUCAAUCAGCUUCAGAAUUUCUUCUUUUUCCAAACUGAAGCUUUGUACCUAUUAAUUAAUAACUCUCCACUCCCCGUGCCCUCUGGCUCCUGACAAUCACCAUUCUACAGUGUCAAUGAACUUACCACUCUAGUUACCCCAUGUAAGUGGAAUCAUACACGAUUUGUUCUUUUGUGUCUAGCUUAUUUCAUUUAGCAUCAUGUCUUCAAGGUUCAUAUAUGUUGUAGCAUGUGUCAAAUUUUUUUUUAAGGCUGAUAGUAUUCUAUUGUAUGUAUCUGUCACAUUCUGUUUAUCCAUUUAUCUGCCUUUUGACUAUUGUAAAUAAUACUACUGUGAACAUUGGUGUACAAAUAAGUUUUGACUCCUGCUUUCGAUUCUUGGGUAGAUACCCAGAAGGGGAAUUGCUGGGUCAUAUAGUAAUUCUGUGCUUAAGUUUUUGAGGAAGAAUCAUAUUUUCCACACCAGUUGUACCAUUUGCAUUCCUACCAGCAGUGCACAUAUAUUAAUACUGAGUUACUGAGCAGCACCUAUUGUUCUGAAGUAUGUUAUAAAUUAUUAACUCUUGCAUAUGUGUUGUAAGGUACAGUAGGAGUACAAAAAUCAUAUUCAGUAUGAAAUCUUUUGUGGUUGUGUUUUUUGCUGUAUAACUUGUAGUGGCAAAUAUUUCUGACUGUGACAUGAUGGCACCUCUUUUGGAAUCUCUGUGGAGUAGAUACAAUUAUGUAUUCUAGCUGUAGCUAUGAAGAAUUUUUGUUUCUAAAGUACUUUGAUUUCAGAGUUUAUUAAUAAAUCUGCUUUUCAUAUUACAGAAAAUAUAUUUGGUAUGCACAAUCAGAAGUGAUUAGAAAACCUACUGAUUAGCACAUUUAUGGGGUGUCAAUUAUAUGCAAGUUUCCAGUAUAUGGUAGAUACAAACAAGCAUUAGGAUAUGGUUAUUACUCUCAAGAGCUAUACAGUUUGAAGUCGCAAGACAAACACAUGAAAGUUACAUUGCAACACAUGAAAAAUAAGGGUAUAUUAUUUAAAAUGAAAAGAUGACAUGCCAGUAUGUGAUUAAUCGCCCACUGAGUAUUUCAGGCUGGAUUAACAUGAGCUUAGCUCAAAGGAAACAUCACUAUAGGGAGAGGUAUCUGAAAACGCUUCAUCUCUAAAGUAUAUAUUGAGUAGUGUGUUGAAGGAUGCAUAAAAUUCAGAUAGGUGGAGAGGUAAGGGCAAGCUCUUCCAAUUAAGGAGGAAUAGCAUAAAUGUCAGACGUUUUUACUGUGCCAAAUCAUUAAUUGGCAUUAAUUUAGCAUAGUCCUUGGACCUAAAAAUUAGGUUAUUUAACAAAAAUUGCAAGUUAGUCCUCCAGCUCUACAUUCCGUUCACGCUGCCAUGUUCACUAAGUGAUGAUGGUAGUAGUAAUAGGGGAAGCAGGAGAAGUAAUAGUAAACUAAUAUUUAUUAAGUGCUUUCUAUGUGCCAGGCACUGUGCUAACCACCCUUUACCAAUAUUAUCUCCAUUCGUUCUUCAGUAACCCUAUGAGCUAGGAGUUACGGGCUACUACCCCUUCCUGUGAGUGAAGAGGGGUAGACUUAGGGAACUUAAGUAACUUGCCCACAGUCACACAGAGUAGUGGAAUCAGUCAGGAUAUACAUACCCAGGGCGUUUAGUUUUAGAACCAGUACUUACUACCAUUGGGCAGUAUUGCCGUAGCACUAAAUGUAGGAGGGGCUAGUGAAAAAAAAAACAAAAACAAACGUGGACUUUUUUUUUUUUUAAUGACCUGCAAACUUUUGCAACCUUUAUGCAUGAUUGAUGUUUCAACAUUCUGGCAAUCCCUGGUGAUUAGCCAGGGUGGUUUGUAAACUGCUCUGGAAGGCUGUAGAGUGAUGAACUAGUGGUCUGUUCCUAAUGAGGCUUUUCCUUAACAUGAUGUCUUCUGUAGCUGCUCAAGAGCACAGUUAAUGGGGGUAAUCUGUUCUGUAAACAGCUAAGUAAUGACCUUAAACUUGUGUGUUCACAGCGGAAAGAAAACAUGCAUAUAUAAUUUUCUUCUGAUGAAACCUAAUGUAUUCAAGAAAAAGGAUCUUGCUUUUUGGAAGGAUGGAAAAAUUGGGAAUAAUUUUUUCCUCUUUGAUAAUUAGACCACUCAGUACUGUUGCUUAGUUUUUUGAUUCAGUUACUUUGAUGUGGUUACAAGAGGAAUUUUGGCUGUAAUGGAUUUCAUACAUUUUUGUAAGUUAUGUUUCCAUGUCUUGUGUGUGAUGUUGUGUACUGUUGACAUGAAAUACUCCUUUUUUGGUAAAGAUGGAUUGGCUUAACAGAUUAGAGCUACAGAAAGUAUGACUUAGCACGCUGGUAAGGCCACAAAAACCCAAGCAAGUUCCCCCAGUUUCGUAUCCUGUAAAUAGAGAUAAGUUAGUUUUUCUGUUUCAGAGAGUGGUUAUGGAAAACUACUAGGCUUUAAAAUGAUUGUUAAUCUCAGUGUGGGGACAUUUGGUUUGGGGACAUCAGUUCAAGAGUAAAUGUAUCUGAUCCUGCUUUGAAUAAAUGCAACUUGAAAGCCUUGGAAUUUUACCAGAUCGAAUCUGGGCCAAAUAGAAAGAAUGUCUAAUUUAAUAGGGAUAUAGACAGUUGGUUUAAACCAACAUUUUUGGACGAGGAGAGGCUAUGGAAAUGAAGAAAGAAGUGUUUAGAAAUAUCACACAAACAGCAUUUUAAGAAAGAAAGAUGGAUCAACCUAGUGGAAGAAGUUUCAUGCAAGUAUUAUGUGAAAAAUAUAGUCCUGAAAAUUUUCCUUAUCGCCGUGGCCCGGGGAUGGGAGUCCAUGUCCCAGCCACACCUCAGGGCUCUCCUAUGAAAGAUCGCCUCAACCUCCCAAGUGUACUAGUGUUGAACAGCUGUGGAAUAACCUGUGCAGGAGAUGAAAAAGAAAUUGCUGCUUUCUGUGCUCAUGUGUCGGAACUAGAUCUUUCUGACAACAAACUCGAAGACUGGCAUGAGGUCAGUAAAAUUGUGUCAAAUGUUCCUCAGUUGGAGUUUCUAAACCUGAGUUCCAACCCUCUGAAUUUGUCGGUUUUAGAAAGAACAUGUGCUGGGUCCUUCUCUGGGGUUCGCAAACUUGUCCUCAACAACAGCAAAGCUUCUUGGGAGACAGUCCACACGAUACUACAGGAGUUACCAGAUUUGGAGGAGCUCUUCCUGUGCCUUAAUGACUAUGAAACAGUGUCUUGUCCUUCUAUUUGCUGUCAUUCUCUUAAGCUACUACAUAUAACAGACAAUAACCUCCAAGACUGGACUGAAAUACGAAAGUUAGGAGUUAUGUUUCCUUCACUGGAUACCCUCGUCCUGGCCAACAAUCAUUUGAAUGCUAUUGAGGAGCCUGAUGAUUCAUUGGCCAGGUUGUUUCCUAAUCUUCGAUCCAUCAGCCUCCACAAGUCAGGUUUGCAGUCCUGGGAAGACAUUGAUAAGCUAAAUUCAUUUCCCAAACUGGAAGAAGUGAGAUUGUUAGGAAUUCCUCUUCUGCAGCCAUAUACCACCGAGGAGCGAAGGAAAUUGGUAAUAGCCAGAUUGCCAUCAGUUUCCAAACUUAAUGGCAGCGUUGUUACUGAUGGUGAACGAGAAGAUUCUGAGAGAUUUUUUAUUCGUUACUAUGUGGAUGUUCCACAGGAAGAAGUGCCAUUCAGGUAUCAUGAACUGAUCACUAAAUAUGGGAAGUUGGAGCCUUUGGCAGAAGUGGACCUAAGACCCCAGAGCAGUGCAAAAGUAGAAGUCCACUUUAACGAUCAGGUGGAAGAAAUGAGCAUUCGUCUGGACCAAACAGUGGCAGAGCUAAAGAAACAGUUAAAAACUCUAGUACAAUUACCCACAAGCAACAUGCUUCUCUACUAUUUUGACCAUGAAGCACCCUUUGGCCCAGAGGAAAUGAAGUACAGCUCUCGGGCAUUGCAUUCCUUUGGCAUUAGGGAUGGAGAUAAAAUUUACGUGGAAUCCAAAACAAAAUAACCUCUACCAGCCUUGUGAAAAACAUACACAUAAGGACUUGUUGCAGGGCAUUUGUUUUUAAUGUGGUUUUCUUUAGGAGGGAGAAGGUUGUUUUUGUUUUGUUUUGUUCUGUUUAGGUUUGGGAAGGAUUUUGUAUAUUUUUCCCCCUGGAGUGAGUAGGGGGCCAUUUUUGGGUGUUUUCUACCACAGAUUGAUUUGGGUCAGCCAGCGGAAUUGGCCACACUUCCAGUGUAUGUGCCCUCUCUAAGGAAAGAUGACAAAGAAAUCACCGACUUCUUACUGUGUUCACUGGGAUUUGCCUGCCACUUGGUUAUCAUUACUGUUGGGUGAACUUGUGAAGAUAACAUGAACACUGUAGCCCCUUAGAAGGGUCUCAUAGAGAUUUUAAACAGGGUGACAAGGAAUCUUCACAGGAAGGGCCAGAACUUCUCUCUCCCAGUUCUUCCUUCUGCUACCCUCCCUCCUUGGCUUUUUUGGUUCAGUUCCAUUUUUUUUUUCUUUUUGACGUGUGGUUUACCUAAUAGUUUUGUUCUGUUCAUAAUUCUUAUUUCUCAACCUGGGUGAUUUUUUUGUUCUCAUUUCUCCCUUUUGAAAUAAUUGAAAGUGUUUUAAGCAUUUUUCAACCUGAUUCUAAUCUCAGGUACGCAGUAAGAAGCUAUAACCCUGUUAGAACCUCGAAAAAGAGUAGAUGUAGAAUGAAAACUCCAGGAAAACUUGCAGUUAUUCUGGAAGCACCGGCAGAACAGUCUGAUCUCUUUGUAUGUUACUAACUCACUUUUAAUGUCCCUGUACAUUAUGUCAGCCAUUACUUUCGUAACAUGAAAUAUGUCAGAUUCCAGAGUUCUUUUAUUUUUGCUUAUUGAAUGUAUUUCCUCAUAUCUUUCUUUUUCAUUACUUUAAACUAUUGGGAAUUGAGGCCUGACUUCAUAAAUAAUUCAAUAGAGUCCUGGAUACGUGCACCAGGAGAGUUGAGAAUUAGCUCAUAAACUAUCUGUGGUGUGUGUGGGGAAUGAAGUUGGGGGAUGUGGGGGAAGAGCUUAUGACUUUCCCACCUGUGUCAUCCAUUGGAAGCCCUUGCUCUUGCACUUUGCAUUAAAAGUGGGAAACAUUAAUCAAAGGGAGAUUUUAUUCCCAGGUUUUCCCUGGGACUUUGUGAUGUCAUAAUUGAACAGUUCUUUUGUUUUACAUUUCAAUUUAGUUGCCUCAUAGAAGUAUAACUGCCCAAUCUAUGAGUAAAGUGUAAGUGUCAAAACUUUACAAUUGCCUCCAAGUCAUAUUUUUUGCAGAAGCACAUUUAAAGCACUUUUCUGUAAAAGCUAGUUCCUUACCUGCUUGGAAAUCUUUUUGUUUGUUCUUCUAUUCCUUUGUUAAUCAGAUGUAAUCCCUUUCUUUAAUGUGUAUUUUUCUCGGUCCACCAUGUUUACAGAUGGGAGACUUGAGAGAUACUUAGCAUAACCGGGGCAGAAAGUGUGUAAGUGAAGUAUUUUUCAAAGAAUGCAGUUAUUAUCUGAUUGCAUUUGACCUUUUGACCUUUGUUACAUAAUUCUACCCCUCCUACAAAUUUAAUUUUUUUAUGAAAUUUUUAGGUGACUUGUAAAUUCUUCAUGUAUGAGGAGUUGUGUUUAUUAAUGCUACUUUUUAAAUUUUCCUGUGCCAUGUGGCAGAUGUUUAUUCUCUUAAUGCACUUCAGGUUUGCUAUCUGUAAAGCCUUUGACCCAGGCCUACUGAGUCAAAUCUACAUUCAGUGUAACAUUAAAGGUGGAAACCAAAGGGUUUGAGAAAGACGAGUAAGGCCUAUUCUCCUUCUGCUGCAGACUUUAUCUUUCAAAAUCAUAAAAAUGAGCAAUGGAGAUCCAGGCUGGGUAUAGACAAGAAUAAUUAUUUUGCAAACACAUUUUCCUGACAGAUUUUUGGAAGUAGGAAAAAAGUAUGGCAACAGUGUCAUGAAGAUUGAAACUGUAGGUGCUUUGUGUAUGUACGCAUGAGUGCAGAUGAGUUUGAGAGAGAAAAAGUGUAAUUGAGCCCUUUGCUUUUGUCAGCCUGGGAAACAGAUGCGUUCUUAUUUUUUGAAGUUGUGUGACCCUGGACUGUCCCACAGCAGAAGGCAGAACAAACACUUAUGUUAUGCUUUAAUCAUAAGUGGAAUGGUCACAAUUAAUAAGAUAUUUUAUAUAUGGCAAAGUUUUAUGAAAUGCUUUUUUACUAUUAGAGACCUGUUUCUUCUGUUAUUACAGAACACAGUGUUUAUCAACUGCGGACAUAAUUCUUUUAUUAUACAGUUGCAUGUAAAGGGAGCUUCUCAUUUAAUUCAGCGGAUGUGGGUAUUUUUAGGGCAUUGUAAUUGAUGGUUUUAAUAAUUGCUGAAUAAUUUUUGAUUAAGAGAAAAAUGUAAUACAAUUACUGGUCUGAGUUACAGAACAGAAGUUAAUGAAAAAGGCUAUUUGAGCAUGUGUACUUAUAGAUUCAUUUGGGUGGCUAAGAAAAGAUGCUGCUUUUGAAAUAAAAUUGGUGCUGUGUAGACACUUGUAACCAAAAUUAUUUUUAUAACAGAACUAAAAGAAGGAGAGAAGAGGCCAUGGACCUUUGAGUUUACAUGUUAUACCUAAUUGAUUGUCUGCAGCUUAUCUGUAUUUUAAUAUUGACUUUGUCCAGAUUCAGUGAGAGCAUAGUAUUGACAUUAUGAGGCAAAAUGCUGUCAUCGCCAGUAUUACUGAUAUGUUGCUACAGGCACAAUGUAUAGAACAUACCUUUUCUAAAAUAGGAAUUAUUUCUAGUUAUGAAAAAGGAAAAGAGUAAUAAAGAAAACCAAAUCAAAACCAAGGGAUCCUUUCUACAUGUGGGUGAAUGGCUGCUAAAGCCACAGUAGAAACCAAUUUUUGAAUUUGAAUUGUUGAAAUAUCCUAGAUUGCUUUAAUGGAAAAAAUCCAGAGUCACAUAUCUUUUUUAUUAUCAAGUUUUUGCAGCCUUUUGCCAGCAUUGCCAUAAAUACGUAAGAAAGCAGCAGAUAGUAUAAGCCCCUUGUUAUUAAGACUUCUCAGUUAAUAUUAAGGCCAAAAUAUAACUUGAGCUAGGUAUAACAGGGCUGAAUGCUACAGUGUUGUUUUUAAAGAUUUUGCUUAUUUUUAAAGAAAGGAAAAUUCAGUUCUAACCAGAUGUUCCGAGAGCACUUGCACUAAGAGCUGAUCACCAUUUGAGGUGCGCGGCUUAACGCACAUGUGAGUGUAGCUUGCUACAUGAAAAUGCUAGGCUCUAGGGCAUGUAAAACAUGAAUACAGAAUACUAGAUUGUUCUAAGUAAUGUCAUUUCGGUUUGUGAAUUUGAUUUUUCCCUUCAUUUCAUGUCAGAUUGAAAAUGCAAACAAACUGCUCUCAAGAACACCCAGAAGCUGUGUUACCAGAUGUGUUGUGAACACUCUACUAUUUUUCAUAGGUGCUUCCUUGAAAUAUAUGUCCAUUGUAGUGGUGGAGAGGGACUGGACUCUCUCAGGCUCUUUACUUGCCAGUUGUCUCCCGCAGUUAAUGGAAAUAUAUAUACAUAUAUAUAUAUUUUAUUUAGAAUAUAAUUUAAACAUGAAGGUCUAUUCUUUGCACUUUUUAUUAAUAUAUAUAUAGAUAAUCUUUAAAAAAAUUAAAAUUCAAGUCCAUUUUA